AGCACACCUUCAUAUGACAUUCUCAUGCCCUCCUGUUUUUCUCUCUCUCUCUUCAAUCCCCCUAAUUAUUGGGUUCCCUGGUCGCCGAUUACGGGAUCCGAUCACUCGUCGCGAAUCUAGGGUUUCUGUAUCGGCUUUUUCCUUGAACCCUACCGGGAAUCCUUCGAUCGAAUGCGAUUUGGAGAAGAAUUGCGUUGAUCUUUUGAUCUCCAAGAAAUCAAUCCAUAUCCAAAUAUAUAAAAAGGUCCACCAAUGGUCCUGCUUUUUUGAAUCACUCUUGUGUCUUUUUGUUGAUUUUUUGUGCAUUUUAUAUAUAAAAGUUUCUAAACUGGGGGAGGGAUUGAGAGGGAAGAUAGAGUGAUUUAGGGAUGAGCGAAAACCCUAACCCACCAGUGGACGUGAAGCCGGCUGACGGCGGCCGCUUCCGGGGCUACCACAUCCAUAAGCCGGCGGCCGCCCACCAGGUCCUCGCGGUCGUGGCGAUGCCGGCGCAGAUCGACGAUGGCCGUGGUCGCGGCGGAGAGUCGCAGUUAAUCGCCGCCACCGAUGCGCAGGUUUUUCAGGAGUACGAGGAGGCGGAGCACCACGGCGGCGUCGUCGUCGGAGGCGGACAUGGGAUGGAGGAGGAUCGGGAUGUGGCCGCGGACGACGAAGGGAUGGAGGCCGAUGGGCAGGCCGAUCCAGGCAAUCUAGGGGAUCCUGAAGCGGUGAUCGCCCCUCAAGUCGGUGGCAACCAGCUCACACUCUCGUUCCAGGGUGAGGUCUAUGUCUUCGACUCCGUCUCCCCCGAAAAGGUUCAGGCCGUGCUCUUGUUACUGGGGGGGCGUGAGAUGAACACUGCUCUAAAUUCUUUUCCAUCAUCUUCCAAUUUGCAUAACAGGCGCAUAAACUUCCCUCACAGAGUUGCAUCGCUGAUGAGGUUUCGUGAGAAGAGGAAAGAGCGGAACUUUGACAAGAGAAUACGAUACAAUGUUCGCAAAGAGGUUGCCCUAAGAAUGCAACGAAACAAGGGUCAGUUCAUAUCGUCCAAACCAAAGCCUGAAGAUUCAUCAUCUGGCGUUACCAGUUGGGAUACUGCCCAACAAUGGGGUUCACCGGAGAAUCGGCCGCCAGCAGCAUCUGCAUGCCAUCAUUGUGGCAUUAGUGCAAAAUCUACACCAAUGAUGCGCCGUGGGCCUGAUGGACCGAGGACCUUAUGUAAUGCAUGUGGUCUGGUGUGGGCAAAUAAGGGAACAAUGAGGGAUCUUUCCAAAAAUCCACCAGCAGCCAUUCCAAAUGCCUUAUCAGAACCAAGAGAAGGGAAUCCUGCUGAAUCAGGAGCUGCACAACCCGUUGUGAUCACUGCCAACGGUCAUGACUCAUAAUGGGAGGUCCUGUGCUUUUGGCGUUAGGGAUUCCAAUAGGAAGAGUUGAAUUGUAGUGGGGAACUCAUCCCCCUUAAUAGCUUCUCAAGAGCGUAGAAUAUUAUCAUACAUGUAUGUACAAUAUUAUUAGAGUAUUAGAUAAAGAAUUUUUCUUUCUUUUUGGCAAUCCUUAAGACUGCUACAUUUAUUGCAAUUUAAUCAUCAUGGGAAGAGUCACAGUCGCUCAUCUAAUUUAGUCAAACUGAUAUGCGAAACUUCACCGUGUUCA